GCUCGAAUUAACGAAAAAAAAAAUAAUAAGCAAAAUGACCUGGGACGUAACGUUGGAUUUUGAGUAUGUGGUAACUAAGAAGAUACCACCUCGUAUAUGUUUUGGCACGGGUCUCGAUCGUGAAGUGUUACCAAUAAAAGGACCUUUGUUGAGUCCUUUUAUGAGGCGUAAUGCGCCUGAAGUGAAACCGAACUUGGGUCCUGGCUCUUACGACGAUAAACGUGACGCCUUCUACGACCUCACGCACAGGAUUUACAGCAAAUGUUAUUAUGGACCAAAAUCACCCAGAUGGAAGGUAAAACAUGAGUAUCAGCCACCUCCACGAGAACCUGAGCAAAUGAAGGCUCUACCUCUAAAUUGUGCACCUUUUAAUUCCACUUCAAGGAGGAAACCGUUAUUUAAAUCCGGCGAGUUUCCGGCACCAUGUGACUAUUGUCCAGAAUAUAAGAAAAGACAGAUGAAAUUCGCCUAUAGUUUCUCAGGUAAAAAGGUUUUAAGAUGCGCCGUCGAGAUAAAAUGUGUUCCGUAUAAUUUGGAUGCCUGUGGUUUUUGCGGGUGCUCUUGUUCGGCACAGGGAGACUAUUGGCAUUAUGAAAACAGAAUAUUUCUGUGUAGAAAACAUUAUUCAAGAUUGUUUAAGAAUUGUUUAGCUAAAUUUCAAGGCGCAAAGUUGGCUGAAUUUAAGUCGGUGAGAGAUUGUUUCUUUGCACAUGCACAUAAUAGUUGCAAAGCUGCUUUGAAAAUUAUGAAAGUUGAAGAAAUCGAAAAGAAACUUCGAAAGGAAGCCUAUCUUGACUUAUAUUUUCCACAACGCAGAUUUUGUAACAAUUAAUUUCAAUAUUAAUAUAUGUAUUUUAAUUUAGUAUUUUGACCAUGAUACAUUUUUUGUACUAGCAAUUUUAUUUUUAUACAAGCUUGCAACAUUGUAAUCAUCAAUCAUCU